GUUACAGGCAUUUUUCAGUAUUGAUAGAAAGCGGAUUGCACGCAAAUGAGUGACCCAAGUUGUGUACGCGUUGCAGUAAGGGUGAGGCCGCAAUCUGAACGAGAGAAAGUUGAAAACAGUCACGUUUGCACAAAUGUUUUACAGAAAGAAGCACAGGUAACAAUUGGUGGUGAGAGGAGCUUUACAUUUGAUCAUGCCUUUGAUAUUGGAACUCACCAACAAAAAAUUUAUGAUGAUUGUGUUAAAAAUUUGAUCGAAGGAACUUUUGAAGGUUUCAAUGCAACUGUUCUAGCUUAUGGUCAGACUGGCAGCGGUAAAACUUAUACGAUGGGUACAGCGUUUGAUAUGAUGGAUGUAAUGAACGAAAUAGAUGUAGGUAUAGUCCCACGCGCCAUUAGGCAUCUUUUUUCUGGAAUGGAUUCCCGCAAACAACAAGCUCUAGAGCAAGGUUUCGUAGAGCCUUGUUUUGACAUUGUUGCGCAGUUCGUCGAGUUGUACAAUGAAGAUAUAAUUGAUUUAUUAAGCCAUGAACGACCACCUACAGGCCUUCGUAUUCAUGAAGACGCUAAGGGCGAAAUCUUCUUAAAUGGUGUAACGCGAGUUACAGUAACAAGUCCUUCACAGACACUAGAGGUCUUGAAAAAUGGUGCGCUGAAUCGUAAAACUGCGUCAACCAAUAUGAAUGAGCAGUCAUCGCGUUCACAUGCCAUUUUUACAGUGAUAAUUAAACAACAACGGACAGUUAUUGUCAAACCUUGUUUUGAUCUUCAAGCUGUUGCUGAACAAAGUGACGAUGUUUCCGCAUCGGAAGAGCCUCCUGCUACUGAACUGGAACUUCUUAGUGCCAAAUUCCAUUUCGUUGAUUUGGCUGGUUCGGAGCGUUUGAAACGCACUGGUGCUACUGGAGAUCGGAUAAAAGAAGGCAUUAAUAUCAAUUUUGGAUUGUUAGCAUUGGGUAAUGUUAUAUGUGCAUUAACUACGCCCACAACACCAGACAAAGUAGUACAUAUACCGUAUCGAGAUUCAAAGUUGACUCGUCUACUUCAAGAUUCACUUGGUGGGAACAGUCGAACUUUAAUGAUUGCCUGUAUCAGUCCAUCGGAUUGCGAUUACGUAGAAACACUAAACACCUUGAAAUACGCUAAUCGAGCGAAAGAUAUCAAAAAUAAGGUUAUAGCAAAUCAAGAUAAGUCAAGCAAAUUAAUUGGUUGUUUGCGCUCGCGCAUAGCCGAAUUAGAGGCUGAAUUAUUAGACUUCAAACAGGGUCGGAUAACAGUUUCAGAUGGUGUCGAGUCCUUCAACGAUCAGUAUAGAGAGAAUGUACUGUUACAGGCAGAUGUAAGUCAGUUGAGAAUUCGGGUCAAGGCCUUACAAGAAACGGUUGAAAUGCUAAGAGCUCGGAAUGUUCAGCUGUUAGCCGAAAAAGAUGAAAUACAUUCAAGAAUGCGUUUUCCGGAGAAUCAGAAUCGGCAAGUAUGUAUUGAGAGCACUUCUAACGAAGGAGGAAAACAAGAAGACGAUGCAUUUGGUAAUAGUGUGCGCGUUUACCUUGAUGAACUCGAAUCCCUGAGAUGUGCAUUAAUGGAGUCGCACGCAACAAAUGAACAAUUGCACCAGCAAGUGAAUCGUUUGAAAGCGAUGGCAGCGAAUAACACACCAAGAAUGCCUGUGGACUAUUUAGCCAACUGUGCUGAUAUAAUCAACGGUUCAUCGGGUAAUGAUGCAGAAAGAGUCAUAACAUCCACUCCAUCUUCCUCAUUGAUCCAGGAAGCAAAAGCGGAUAUUAAGCGUAUGAAACAAAGUAUAACGGAAAGUUCACAUGAGGAGGAGAAAUUAAAUCAUGAUGAAAUGAAGAUAAAUGCGGGUGGUGUAAUGAAAUCUAUUAUGGUGAUGGAUGACUUUGAGAUGGACGAUGAAGAGUUGAAGGAUGAAGAUGAUGAUGACAUCGAAGUGGAAAAUGAAGCGGAAACUGAAUGUUUCAAACUCAGAGAUGAUCUCGCCGACUUGCAAGCGGAAAUAUCCAUCAAGGAACGCUUAGUCAUUGAGCUUGAGCAAAGUGAGCGGCGUCUUGCCGAGAAGAAGUUGGCAGAACUCUCAUUACGGAUAAAUGAAAUGGAAGUGGAGCGUGAUCGAGUAUUAGCUGAAAUGGCAUCAAAACACUCACAGAAAGUUAUUGAUGCAGAACAAGUUCGCAAGAUUCGCGAAAAUUACGAGAAGAAGUUAACCGCAAUGCGUGAUGAAUUCAGGAAAUUGCAGUCUGUUGAGCGAGAACAUCGCCGAAUGCAAGCAAAACAAGUUGCAGAACAACAACAGCUUUUGCGGUUGAGGACCGAACUAAAUGAAUUGAAGAAAACAAAGGUUCAACUGAUGCAGCGAAUCAAAGAAGAAGCUAGACGUGCUAAAGCAAUUGAAUUAGCAAACAUGAAGAAGCUAGCUGGUUUAGAAAAAGAAUCUAGGAAGAAAGACAAUUUGAUUCAAAAACUUCGAAACAAAGACCGUCAACGAGAAGACUUCCUGAAAAGAUCAUCUGACGAAGUUAAUCGCUUACGCCAGCAGGCUCGUCAGGCAAGUAGAUCGCUUAGUGCUUAUGAUCGUAAAACUGAACGAAGUGGAAUACAGCGGAGCAUGCGACCAGCACCAUUGCGUUAUGGGCGUGGGGCAGUUCCUUUAACAAAGUUAGAAGUGAACAAGGCGAAAGCAAAGUGGAUGGCUAUUGAGAAAAAUAUACGUCGCAGAAUCAGCCAGCGUCAGGCGAUCACCAAGAUGGAAGACGAGCUGGAGAAAACUGUAGCUGAGAAGCGCGUUCUGGCCGAAGAGAUUCAACGGCUGGAACAGCAAUUUAUCAAGGCAAAAGAUCUGGCUGAAAGAGAUCUUAUUGGUGAACACAUUGAUGGUUGUUAUGCGAAGAUGCGCUACGUUCAGGAACAGUUCACCGAAUUGAGGAAUACAAUUGUUGGUAUCGACAGUGAAAAGAUAAAUUGA